AUGGCCUACACCUGGGAGUGUCUGGACGUCCUGAGAUGGACAGGGAGGCAGCACCCCCUGCUGGCCCCAGACCAUCUGAAGUACAAACAGCCCAGCAUCACAAAGGGCCGCCUAGACAUCGUGGCCGUCACCCCCUGGCUGGCCCCCAUCGUCUGGGAAGGGACCUUUGACCCCCGUCUGAUGGACAGCAUCUACAAGCCCCAGAACCUUACCAUCUUCGCCACCGUGUUCGCUGUCGGAAAGUAUGUUCGCUUCCUACGAGACUUCCUACUGACAGCAGAGCAGCACUUUUUUGUUGGAUACAGGGUGGAUUACUAUGUGUUCACCGAUCCGUACAUGUGGAUCAACAAGCCCACCAAGGUCCUGUCUUCCAGGUACAUGUGGCAGGACUUCAAACUAAGGAAACCCGAACUCGGGAUCAUACGGUUCUCGGGUGUGAAGAAGAACUACUCAGAGAUCCGACCCAACGUGUGAGGGCCUCCAGCACCGACCAGGGACGGGGCAGGGAUUGUUCUGUUUUUGUUAGGGUUAUUUAUAUAAGUAUAAUAUGUUUAGGCAUGUUUUAAAUACGGGGGUGGCGGUCCCAAUCUGAUUUUAAGUCAAUCCUGGAAACAUGAGGGGAAGUUAACACUGCAUUAUGACACUCAAACAAUGUGAUAGGUUGUGCCAACAUCGUGGACGGUCCACAAAACAGUUAUUUUUAUGAUACAGCUUGAAAUUUCGGAACAUUUGAACUC